GCGGCGGCGGCCCGCACCCACACCGCCUCCCGCGGGCGGCAGCAACAAAGGCCCUUCCCCGCCCCCGCCGCCGCCUCCCGCCGCCGCUGCAGCCGCUGCCGCCGCCGCCAGCCGUCCUUGCGGCAGGAAGAUGCCCGGGGAGGUGCCGCCGCCGGCGCCCCGGGGGCUGCGGAGCCUCACGGUGCUGCUGCUGCUGCUGAGCGCCCGCGCCGCGCUGGCUCAGCGCUGGCGCAAUGAGAACUAUGAGAGGCCUGUGGACCUGGAGGGCUCUGGGGACGAUGACCCCUUUGGGGACGAUGAACUGGACGAUGUCUACUCAGGCUCCGGCUCGGGGUAUUUUGAACAGGAGUCGGGUCUUGAGACGGCAGUAAGCCUUACCACGGACACAUCCGUCAUGCUCCCCACCACAGCAGCCGUGCUGCCCAUCACCUUGGUGCAGCCCAUGGCAACCCCUUUUGAACCAUUCCCUGCUGAGGACACCACGCCUGAACAGACAACCAGUGUCCUGUAUAUCCCCAGGACAACAGAGACACCCGUAAUUCCCAGUUGGAAAGCAACCACCGCCAGUAUAACUGCCAGUGACUCCCCUACCACCACGACCACCACCAUGACCACCACCAUGACCAGCCCGGCCACCACCACCACUGUGGCCACCACCACCAGCACCACCAUGGCCACUGCCAAGCCCACCACGGUCCGGAGGUUCUUGCCCCCCUUUGUCACCAAGGCAGCCACCACCCGAGCCACCACCCUGGAGACACCCACCACCUCCAUCCUCGAAACCAGCACGCCAACAGAGGUGGCCACGUCACGGCUUGUUCCCACUAGCACAGCCAAGCCCAGGUCCCUGCCAAAACCAAGCACCUCCAGGACUGCAGACCUCACAGAAAAAAGCACUGCCUUGCCAUCCAGUCCUGCCACGCUGCCACCCACAGAAGCCCCCCAGAUGGAGCCAGGGAAGCUGACAACAGUCGUCGACAACGAGCUGGAGGUCCCAAUCAGCAGCGGCCCCAGCGGGGACUUUGAGAUCCGGGAGGAGGAAGAGACGACUCGUCCCGAGCUCGGUAAUGAGGUGAUGGCUGUGGUCACACCGCCGCCGGGACCGGGGCUGGGCAAGAACGCGGAGCCAGGGCUGAUUGACAACACGAUAGACUCCGGUAACUCAGCUGCUCAGCUCCCUCAGAAAAACAUCCUGGAGAGGAAAGAAGUGUUGAUAGCGGUGAUUGUGGGCGGCGUGGUGGGAGCCCUCUUCGCUGCCUUCCUGGUCAUGCUGCUCAUCUACCGGAUGAAGAAGAAGGACGAGGGCAGUUACACGCUGGAGGAACCCAAGCAAGCCAAUGUGACAUACCAGAAGCCCGACAAGCAGGAGGAGUUUUAUGCGUAGAAGGAGAGCCCGGCGUGCCUCGCGCUCCCUCCCUCCCUGCUCCAAACUCUUCCUCCUCCUCUACUUCAUCCAGUCUCUCUCUUUCUCUCUCUCUUUCUCUCUCUCUCUUUUUUGGAUCAGACUGUGAAUUUAAAAAGCAACACCCACAACAGCUAAAGGAGAAAACACAUCUUCGUCAUGACGAAAUAUCAAGCGCCCAGAGCAUCGCUGAGUUCAGACCGAGUACCGCUGGCCUUUCUGCAGUGGGAGGGACGGGGCAAGGAGCCAACGCCAAGGAGCCCGUGCCUGGGGAGUGCCCUGGCAAGCGCGGGAUGGGGCGGUCAGGCUGCCGACAGCGGCUGGAGGUCACUGGGCUUUUCCCACCAACACAACGGACUCUGGGAUCCGGACACCUUCCACCAGCCCUGGGGCGCAGGGGGGUUGGUUUGGAUUUAUCUUCCUUUUUUUUUUUUUUUUCCCCCCCUUUGGAAAAGAGGGAGGUUUCUUUCCCUCUCUCUUGUUAUUUUUUAUUUUCUUUUUAAAUGGGGUUGGUUGCUUUGCAGGAAUUGCCUUGCUCCCUGCUUUUGUUUGAAGACUCUCAGAUACACUUCGAACCUUGAAAAAAGCACAAGGGGCUGGAAUACCUGAUGCCCCGGGGUUUGCUCUUGGAGUGGGGAAAAAUAAAUAAAUACAAACAUGGCCAGUAUGCUGGAAAUGAUCUCUUUAGAUCACCUCUUCGGAGAGUUCAUGGAGCAGCAAGAAGCCACACUGGGGUAUCUCGUGCUGCUCCCCUCCUGCCACCACCUCGCUUCACUGCAUCGCUGUGCCCAGCCAGAGACCUUAAAAUCUAUAGAAACCGCGUGCUGCCAGCCGCUGAGGGGUUUGUUUGAGAAGGGACCUUGCUUUUGCUGGGUUUUCACUGUGACCAAUAAAACUCAGCUUGCACAGUACGACCGACAGCACUGAUUUUAAAACAGAGCGGGACGUUGCGUGAUGGGGAGUUGGCAGGGAGAGAAGUUGGAAAUGGAGAAGUUAAAUCCUCUUCCCAGUUCCUCCAGAGGGGAUAACAAAGCUCUACAAGGUGUGAGACGCAGCAUAAGAAAAGAAAUGCAACCAGAAGCAAUAGUCUGUCCCCUCGGGGGUCGGGCAGGUGUCCCCACCAGGCCACUCACACCCAGAAGACGAGGAACGCAAGGCAGAGUGGUGGCUUUCCACUGGUCAGCCCCAGAGCAGGUUGGCUGCUAUGUAUCUUUUGCAAGACCCAGGAUUGGUGGUUUGUGUUUCUUUUGUUGUUGCUUAAAUUCCAGUAUAACCCACAGGGGACCCAGGAGCCUGAGAGCAAUAGAUCCUGGAAGCCAUCAUCACCCAAGUGCAGUGGUUUCCCCUCUGAGGCUACCUAAGGUGCAGAGCAGCAGGGCCUGAUCCAGAGCCCAACUGUGCCUUCUAGAAAGGCUAGAUUUUUUGGAGCAAGCUCUCUGCACAGAAAAGUCAAUUAGAUAUUUCAAUGAGUUGGCUUUUAAUUAGCUGAAGCGCUGUUUGCAAUGCAGUCAAGGAGCUUUGUUUUCAUCAUGGUUGAGAUCUUGAUGGUGUCCCAUGGAGACCUUGGCUUUGCUCUUAGAGCAAUUUAAACAGGAAAAUGGAAAAAAUAUUGGUUGCUUUGACUCUGUUGCAUCGUGAAUUAACCUGCACAGACACAGUGACACUUUGUCCCCUCAGGGUGUUAGUGAAUAUAGGGAUUUAUGACUCUGGUGGAGGCUACAAGACAGCAGCGCUUCUUUAUGUUAGGAAUUUGAGAGGCCAAAUGCAUAUUUUAUACAAACAUAUAUAUAUAUAUAUACACACACACAGUCACAUACAUACACAGUUAUAUAUAUAUAUGAAAUGAAAACCCUGUAAAUUUUCAUUGCACUGCAUAUGAUGGCUGGAUGGGACUUUGUGGUUGUGAAGAUGGGAGGUUUGGGGUGUGACCCAAAACGCUGACCUGGUUUUACUUCAGGGUAGGGAGCAGAGCCCCUGUGCACAGGCCAGCAUUAAAAUCCCUUUUUUAGAGAUGUCAGCCUCAAAAUGGUCAUUGUUUUGGUUCUUUUAGUUUGGAGAAGACGGUCCUGUCGCAUGUCUUGGAUGGUGAUGCUGAAAGGCAGAUGGUGUAGAGUGUGUGUGUGUGUGUGUGUACCCAUUUCUUGGGUCCAUCCUGGCUGCGGAGGAUGAGGAUGCUGUGAAGGGGGGACCACACAUCUGAAGAAGGCUGGUGCCAGCCUGGCACUUUGACGUGCUCCAAAGGAAGAGUUUCAACUCAUGGUUUUGAUGGUUUGGGGGUUUUUUUGGUCCUGUUGGGACUGCAUGAAGGGCCCUAGCUGUUGGGGAGUGGCAGAAAUCAAACCACUUCAUGAUUUAAUGAGUUGGGCACAGCAAGUAUCAAGGCCACCCAAACUCACCAUCUUUUGGAAAAACGUGGACUUAAUCUUUUGAGCUUGCAUUAAAAAAAAAACCCUCCCAGCUUAAUCUCUUAAAUGCUGCUGUUCUUUGCUGCUUCCCUAAUCUUCUUCAUUCCAUUUUUUCCCCAUUUAAUAGUCUGAAGUUCUAUAAUACAAUUUUUUUAUUCACUCAAGCUUAACCUUGGUUCGCUCAGCUGGUGUUAAGUUGUAAUCCCGGCACUUAAAUCCGUUACAGUUUCAGAAGUGAGGACUGCUGGAAGCAGGAGGGUGAGAGGAGGCUGGGCAGCGUUUUCUCUUGCACUAAUUAAAAGUACGAGAUGACCACAUGCAAAAAAAGGUGAAGGCAAUUAAACUGGUAAUCAGAAUUGACCAAAGUCUAAAUUCAUUGUACAUCUGCUGCUUCCACACAUUUGCUGUAUUGCUGUCUGCCUGGAGAGGGGAUGUGAGCUCAAGGCAACUGUCUUUUGGGCUUGGAGCCCACCUUUUUCUGGUGAUAAAUCAUGAUGGAGCCUUUUCUGUCACCUCAGCUCCCCAGGAGCACUGUUAGUUGUUGGAGUUGAUGCUUGGAAGAAAAAUAAGCCUUAUCUUGCUGGAGGCUGGCUGAUCUUGUGCCUCCCUUGUAGGGUACGGGAUGGUGGGAUGGAGCUGAAUGUGGGCUGCCUUUUUUUGGGAAAGCCUGGCUCCAAAAAAAUUUGCAGAUACCAUAGCAACAGGGAUAGGGAAAACCCCAGCGAAACCCAGAUGAACAAUGCUGCCAGGGUAUGUAAGAGGGGUGUGGUGGGGGGGGCUAUAGCAUGGCCAUCCCCGAGGCUGUGCAUGGCACCAUGUGAACACGGUGUGUUGUGGCACCUGCGCCGUGCCAGGCAGCAGUGCCGAGCCCGUGGCCGUGCCGAGGGCAGCCGGAGGCAGGUGGCAGGCAGCGGGGUGGAGCUGCUGCCUUCAGGAGGCACUUCUGCACGGGCGCACGUGUCUUGCCAUGCUCUGGGGCUUUUGAGGGAUUCCUGGUACGAAGACGGAUGGGGAAGAGGUGAGAAAGCACAGGGGGGAGGAAUGAAAGCAUCUUUUCUCAGCUGUUGAUUUGGCUGCAGAGCAAUUUUUUAGGAAAAUUAACUCCAAUGGUAGCUUGAGCAUUUCCUGCGUCACCCCCUCCCAGAGCCUGCCAGAUCUGGCACCUUCCCCCUCUGCACAAAUUCAGUCCCUUCCCCAGCCUGCGUGUAUCCUUUGUAGUGAUGUCAUCCAUGACCGGCUGCAGUCUCCCAGCUGGGGCAAUGCCCAGAUGUGCUCAUCCUUCCAGCCAUGCACCCUGAGGAGCGGGCAGCCAUGUGGGUGGAGAGGAGGAUUUUUCCACUGGCUUUUCCGUUUCUUUUGUGCAUGCUUGUGUGCGUGUGUGAUACACCAGAGCUGAAGGAAGACUCUUUGCCAUGCCAGUUUCGUAAUUUUAGGAGAGCUGCAAUUGUCGGCUCCUCUCCCAGCCAUGCUGGUUUCAGUCUCUCUGCGGUGAUUUGCAGCAGCCGAUGCCUCAGAGGAGAAUGACAAAGUGAACCAGUGAGUCCUGGGCCACACAAAUAAGGAGGAGGCAGGAGGAGGGAGGUCAAAGGGAAGGGAGGAGCAGAAAAUGUGUGCGGCAGCCCAAACGAGGGGCUGGAAGCAGGAGGGUGAGAAGGGCAGGGGACGGAGUUGGACUCAGACAGGUUUUGAAGGGCUGGAAAAGAGUUUCCCCUUUCCCCCCCAAAAUCUCUUUGGUUUUAGACCAUUCAAAAAUAAGCAUAGAGACCCUGUGCUGAGGCAGAUGCCGCUACAGGGGAGGCAAUGGCGCAGGGCUGGAUGUGUGCCACGGUGUGCUGCUUUGCCUCUAAAUUUCCCAUUCCCUCCCCAUUUUGCAAGGUGGGUGUUGAAGGUCCCUGGACAGGAGCUGCUUUGCUUCACGUGCGCCUUGGCUCCUGCUUCCCAUCCUCAUAAUUCAGAGCUAUCUGACCCCUGCCACGAGUCACCAGCACAGAGGCUUUAACGGGAACAAAACCAUUAGCUAAAAACAAGAAUGGAUUUUUUUUUUUUUCUCCCCCAGCCACCCUUUUUAUGAUUAUAAGCAUUACUGGGUUGGGAGGUUUUCUGCAAGGCUCUGGCAGCUCCUAAAGUGACACUGAGCUUUCAACACUGAAAGGUUUAUUAGAACAACUGGCUUCUUGCUGGGCGCCUCGCCAGCCGCUCGGCCGGGCUGGAGCCUGUGGUGACAGGGAUGGGUGUGGUGUGCGUGUAUGUAUGUAUAUAUAUGUGUAUGUAAUUAAUAUAUAUGUAUAUAUGUAUAUACGUGUGUGUGCAAAGUACGCACGUGUGCACAGGUUCAAUGCAAACUCUGCACCUAAUGAGGAGGAGGGCGUUUUAUUAGCCAGCAUCGGGUGCUGGACUCUGCAGUCCUCGGACCCCGUCCUUUGCUGCGGGCUGCAGGAUUCGGCCCCAUGCUGCUGGCUCCUUCCUUCCCUCCUGCUCUCUGCCCCGAUCCUGGCCACCUUGGCGCUGGGUCGGGGUCUGCCAGGGUUGGGGGAAAGGAGCCUUUUGCCAACUGCUGCAUCCCCGGCCGGAGCCGAAGCGGAGCUGGGAUGCUGGCGAGGCGGCCAAAGCCCCACCGAGGCUCCGUGUUCGCUCUGGUUUGUCCUACGUACCUUGUGCCUGCAGCUCCGCAGACGCAUCCACACCCAGUCUCUAUAGAGAAGUCUCAGUCUGGAGUGUACAAACUUUUUUUAGUUUAGGGGUUUUUUUUUUUAACUAUUUUUAUUUUUGGGAAAAAGUCACCCUAGGAGACACCUGUGUGAUGCCCAGAUUUAUUUUUUCCCCCCACGUUCCAGACAGCUCAUCCACCGCAUCUCCAAAGACCUCAAGGGUACCAGUGACUUUACGUGCAUAAGCUACCCCUGUUCUGCGUCCCCCGGUCUAAGUCAUAAAAGUACAGCUGACAAUCAAACCAGACAGAACUGCUGACUUUAGAAAAAUAUAUAUCCAUUGCAGUUUGAUAGAACUACUUUUUAAAAUCACAUGCUUAUCUCUCACUAACGCUCACCACCACGUCUCCAGGAUAAAUCGCCACCCAUUGGUUCUUCUGUAAAUAAACAUGAAACAUUCUUGUAUAAAUUAAAAUAAAAAAGAAAAAAACAAACAAACAUAGAUAUACGCCCGGAAAAACAUCCCUUUCCAGAAGAUUUAAAUAAUUCAAACAAAAAGAAAAACCCAACAACAAGUAAGCCCCACUUCACUUUUUCUUUGGAGCUGAUUUAAAUUCCCAAUAGAAGAACAAAAAAAUCUUUUAACAAGAGAAGAAACUACAAGUGUUUUACCUUUCAGUGAAUAUGGGAGGGGAAAAAAAUGCAUGUAAAUAUUUUUAAUAGGAAACAUAUCUUAAACAGAACUUUUUUUUGUAUGUACAUAACUCUUCUAGAGUUUAGUACUUAAAUUGCUUCAUAGUGUCUGUUAAAAAACAAAAAUAAAAUAAAAUAAAAUGUUUGUUAAUUGUUUUUGUUCUUACUCAAUGGCCAAAACUUUAAAAAUAAUAAAAAAGACUAUAAAAAUAAUCUUUGCCAAUGGAUCUAGCACUGUAAUGGUACUGUCUAUUUUUUUUAAUUAUUUCUGUGCUGUGCCCAUUUAUAAAAGGAGAAAAAAAAAAUAAAGUCAUUUAAACAUUGUC